AUGCAGGUGGUGCAAAGCGAACAGAAGACUCCUCGGGUGGACGACGACAUGGACACCAAAGAUGAAUCCGCACAGGAACAAACAAUGACAACUGGGGACAUGAUCUCCAUUGGUGGAGUGGAUCCAGCUCUUGCAGCGAAGAUGCACAUUGUGAACGAUGCUAUCAACCAAAUCGGCUUCACGACCUAUCAUACGAAGUUGUUUUUCUUGAAUGGGUUUGGAUACGCCGUUGACUCUCUGUUAGCCUUUCUUAUGAGUAUCACGGCGGGCCAAGUCGCUCUCGAAUUCCAGCCAUCCUACGCCCGAGGUGGGACCAUCGCCCUAUAUGUCGGACUCCUUGUCGGCGCUCUCUUUUGGGGCAUAGGUGCCGAUAUCAUGGGAAGGAAGUGGGCCUUUAACCUGAGUCUUUUGAUUGCCGCUGUGUUCUCAAUCGCUGCCGGAGCAUCGCCUAACUUCAUUACCUGGACGUCGUUCGUCGCCAUUACUGGGUUUGGUGCUGGUGGAAAUCUUGUCUUGGACACGACUGUCUUCUUGGAGUAUCUACCUGCAAAGAGCCAGUGGCUUGUUACCCUGAUGGCGGUCUGGUGGGGAAUCGGACAGACAGUUGCUGGCCUGUUGGCCUGGGCUUUCAUUCCUAAUUUCAGCUGCACAUCGGCUGAUGAUUGUCCUCGAUCUGAGAACAUGGGCUGGCGUUACCUUUACUUCACAUCUGGUGCUCUCGUGCUUUGCAUGAGUAUUGCUCGGGUGACUGUCAUUCGUUUCCAUGAGACUCCGAAGUUCUUGGUCUGCAGAGGCGACGAUGAGAAGGUUGUUAAGGGUCUUCAAGAUCUGGCUCAGAAGUAUGGACGACCUUGUGAUCUAACCGUCGAACAGCUUCAGCGCCAUGGCGCUGUCGCAACAGCUCACUCACAGAACCUGUUCUCCUUUAAUGAGAUCAUGGUUCAUUACAACGGGCUUUUUGCAACUCGAAAGUUAGGAAUAUCUACGUCACUGGUCUGGUUAUCAUGGACGCUUAUAGGCCUUGCCUAUCCUCUGUUUUAUAUUUUUCUUCCUGAGUACCUGAGCAGCAGAGGUGCACAAUUUGGAGAAACGUCAGCAUAUAUCACCUGGCGCAACUAUGUUCUGGCCCAGUUCAGUGCUAUAUUUGGUCCUUUGGUCGCUGGUUACCUCUGCAAAAUACCACGAGUUGGAAGGAAAUAUACUAUGGUCAUUGGAGCCAUUCUUACGAUGGUGUUCUUCUUCGCCUACACUUCCGUUCGCAAUGAUGACCAAAACAUCGCCUUCAGUUGCAUCGUUUCAUUUGCCAUCAACAUCUACUACGGUACUCUCUAUGCCUACAGUCCAGAGGUUUUACCUUCUGGCCACAGAGCAACGGGCAAUGGCACAGCGGUCGCACUAAAUCGUAUCAUGGGCAUUAUGUCAGCGAUUGUUGCGACCUAUGCCGACACGUCAACUCCAGUGCCAGUGUAUAUCUGUGCGGCCCUCUUUGCCGUCAUGGCCGCUGUCUCAGCAAUCUUCCCAUACGAACCGCAGAAUGGACAAAGUAUCUAG